AUGCCUGCGAUGGCCGCGACGAACACUAUCCAUGUAAUCUCCACUCAAGAAGCCUGUAACAUCGAUGGUAAUGACAAUAAGACGACACAAAACGAUAGCGAGCAUGAAAAGGAUUCACGAAAUACGUGGGUGAUCAAGAAUUUUGAACUAAAAGAAAGUAAUUCAAGCUCAGAUCCAACAAUAAAGGAAAAGGAAGAUUCAGAGGUAUUAAAUAACGAAAGAAUGCAUUCGAUUACGAGCACGGAAAGUUUAAAUUCAAUAGCGCAGAGUAGGGCAAGUCAAUCGACCAUAGUGAAUCCAAUAAGGCUGUCAUCGGAUUUAACAAUAACCGUGACCGAAGUUUCCAAUUACGAUUGA